CGCCCAAAGGUUUCUCGACGGACAUGGAAGACGAGCUCUGAGACACCUUGGUUAAUACGGUCGAUUCCCCCUUUUGUGCCGAUACCUUGAUUCGCGAAAUCUAGUGGCGUCGACAAUAUGGCUGGCGAUAUGACGCUCUUGGAACCGCGGGCGACCGGAUUCAGACUCCGGAAGACACACAAGAAAUCUAGGGACGGUUGCUCCAGAUGUAAACACCUGCGGAAGAAGUGCGAUGAGUUGAGACCGAGCUGCUCCAGAUGUACCAAGCGCAUGUAUACAUGUCGGUACCACAACCCUUCCAGUGAUGGCAACUUGUCAAUGGAGCAGGGAUCGACUCAACUCCCUGUUCCCAGUUUGCCUGUCUCCCCACCAAUUCCCAGUACCGCAGUCCCAGAGUGUGUGUCACCCUUAGCACCUUUGAGUGAUCAGUCCUCGGUUCCCAGUCCUUUGUCUGGUGGACAAACUGCUUCCUUUUCAAGUCUGGGUACGGAUGAAGAAAGACCACGUUUGGAUAGACACACUCCUGGUACUCUUGAUACGAUAGAACUCGGUCUCUUGAGCCACUACCUCACGCACACCAGUCGAACUAUACCUGUCGACGAUCUCGAUCUCUACGCUCUUUCGGUAGGGGUGCCAAAUCUCGCUUUCAGUUCCGACGUAGUCAUGUCAUCCUUCGCGUCUGGACCCCAGAGCCUAAUGGAUAUUCGAAAGCUACUUGCGCUUGCGGAGCGCCAUCACCAGGCUUCCCUACGGCACAUACAAGCGACCAUGCAGAACUCGGAUUCGUACGAUCACGUUCUUGCAAACGCAGCAUUGAUGGUCUUGUACGCCUCUGCUAGCCACUCCAUCCGAGUGCAACUUGCGGCCGCUGCAAAAAAGUGUAGGCAGCGGUUGCCAAAUGAGGUGCUUCCACAACACUCACAAUGGAUCUCGUUCACUCGCGCUGCCCAUACAGCGUCGACUGCAAUUCUCAACGGACUUGUAGCCGGCGCAGAUGAAAUUUGUACUGCCACCUCCAGCCCGAUUCUAGAUGCACGAUCAGAAUUACCGAAUCCGGGUUUUUGUAGCACAGAUGGCUUAUCACCAGAGGAUGGUCCAUCCGAGAACACAAAACGUAUAUUUAUGCCUCUAGUCGCAUCUACAUUCAAACGAGCUCUUGAUAGUCUACGCAGGAGAGCUGAAUUGACAACCGCCCCUUUGAAAAGGUCAGAGCUUUGUGCAGCCGACUACCUACAGCUACAGGCAUGCUUGGAAACUGUAUCUGUACUUGAGCGAUGUGCAUGCGCAGCUCUAUCCGCAAGAGAAGGUAGCACAAGCGCCGAGCCACCAAGAUAUCAGCCAAUAUCAUGUGGUGGAUUCUCUAAAGUCUCGCCGUGGGUGGCAAGAUACAUGAUCAGUGUCACGUCGAUGGAGUCGCCGCAGAUACUCCGACGGAUCAUCAUGUCUUUUCUGAACAAAGCACCGACUGAGUACCUUAAUCUCGUCCUGUCAGUGCUGGAUUCACCCUCCGCGGAGGCGAGGGCUGAGAAUUGGAUGGCACGAGACUCACCUGGGACGGAGGUACCGCUGCUCGACGCCACGCAUUUACUAGCAAUGGACAUCUUUGCCCAUUGGCUGGUCCUUGUUAUGUUAUUGGAUGGCGUCUGGUGGAUUAGUGAUAUUGGAGAGUGGGAGCUUGGCCAGGUUAUAUCAUUAAUGAAGACUCAGGAUCUGCCAAGCCAGUCUGCAGAUAUUGGACAAACGUGGUGGCCCGAGACCAUGUACUUGGUUAAGCGGGAGCUCACUCCAAGUGCUUAG